AUGGCUUCCUACAAUCUUCAUGAUAUUGCUCGAUCCAUAUCUGAAGUAGUAGAUGCUUCAAGAGAAGUUGUUCUACAGAAGGAGAAUUUCAGAAAAUACUCAGCUUUCUUAAAAAGAAUAUCACUUACUUUCCACGAGUUGAUCAAAUUGCAGCCGGAGAGUUCAGAAACAAGCAAUAAAGCUGUUGAGGAUCUUAAGGCGGAGAUAAAAGCUGCUAAGAAGCUAACCUCGAAUUGCAGCAAGGGAAACAAAAUCUAUCUCCUCUUAAGUUGCAGGAGGAUUGUGGAGGACUUGGAGAGCAGUACCAAGAACAUUAGAGGGUCUAUGAUCGAUUUGUUGGGAUCACUGGAUAUUGCAUCAGAAACAAAUGACUUGCUUAUGAAUCUCUGCAAAGAUAUGGCAGACUGUCAAUAUCAAACUUGUGCACAGGAGGAAGAGAUUUUGCAGAUAAUUGAAGCAGGGAUAGAAGAAAGAAGCAUCGAUCAAUCUUAUGCAAGUAAUUUGCUCAUUUUUAUUUCCAAAUAUGUUGGAAUCUCAAAUGAGCAAUCUAUGAUGAAGGCAGAAUUCGAAAGUUUCAAGAAUGAAACACAGAAUAUUGAAUCAAGAACAGAAGCUUUGAGAAUGGAACAGAUUGUUCUACUCCUAUCCAAUGCUGACAUUAUCACAAGUUCGAAAGAGAAGGAAAUGAAAUACCUGAUCAAACGUGAUUCGCUUGGUAGACAGCUGCUGGAACCUCUCCAGUCAUUUUAUUGUCCAAUAACUCAAGAUGUGAUGGUGGAUCCGGUGCAGACAUCGUCUGGUCAGACAUUCGAGAGAGCUGCAAUUGAGAAGUGGCUUGCUGAUGGAAAUAAUCUCUGCCCAUUAACAAAGACUCCAUUGAACACAUCAUCUCUGCGGCCAAACAGAACUCUGCGACAAUCCAUGGAGGAGUGGAGAAAUCGAAACACCAUGAUUAGUAUAGCUUCCAUGAAGACUGAAAUCCAGUCACACGAUGAUCAAGAAGUGCUUUGUGCUUUGCAGAAACUCCAUGACUUAUGCAAGAACAGCGAGUUACAUAGGGAAUGGAUAGUCAUAGAAGAUUACAUACCCAUCUUCAUUGAUCUUCUUUCUGCAAAAAACAGUGAAAAAAGAAUUCAUUCUUUGUCCAUUCUUUAUUACCUUGCAAAAGAUGGAGAAGAUAACAAGGUGAAGAUUGCUGAAUUGAAUGAAAGCAUCACAUGUAUCGUCCGGCUACUUGCAAGGAAGGUUGAAGAAAGUGUGUUGGCACUGCAGUUGCUCCGGGAGCUAUCUAAAAGUAUCCAUCUUGGGAACCAUAUUGGGAAUGUACAGGGUUGCGUACUUCUGCUUGUCACUUUAGCAAGCAGUGAUGAUGCUCGGGCUUCAGAAUACGCCCACGACGUUCUGGACAAUCUUUCUUUCCUCGAUCAAAAUGUAAUACAGAUGGCGAAGGCGCAAUUCUUCAAACCUUUGUUGCAGAGGCUUUCUGAAGGGCCAGUCAGCAUGAAAAUGGCCAUGGCAGCUACCUUGGCUGAUCUAGAGUUAACUGAUCAUAACAAGCUGUGUCUUUCAAGCGAUGGGGCUAACAAACCACUGCUUGAGAUGCUCAGUUAUGGAGUUGUUGAGGUCAAGGCAGCAGCUGUCAAAGCUUUACAGAACCUCUCAGGAGUACCACAAAAUGGCCUUGAGUUGAUCAGACAUGGGGCUAAAGAUCCCUUGUUUGAACUCAUCUUUUCCCACAAUUUAUCGAUACCCAAACUGCGCGAACAGGUGGCAAAAACUAUCAUGCAUCUAGCCAUGUCCACAACUUCCCCAGAAGCGUACCGGGAGCAGAUUUUCCUUAUGGUAACAGAAGAGGAUGUUUUCAAACUAUUUUCUCUCAUUUCAUAUUCUGGACCUGAUUUACAAGUAACACUUCUCCUCACCUUCCAUGCCUUGUGCAAAUCACCUUCUGGUGUCGACAUCAGGAACUGGUUGAGACAGAUGUCUGCUGUUAAAGUGCUGAUUCAAUUAUGCGAAGUCGAAGAGCUUUCUGUAAGGGUAAAUGCCGUGAAAUUAUUCUAUUACCUGAUAGAAGACGGCGAGCAUGAAUCAUUUAUUGAGCAUGUGAACAAGAAAUGCAUCAACACCUUGGUUCAAAUCAUCCGAACUUCCAACGACGAAGGGGAGAUGGCUGCAGCCAUGGCCAUAAUAGCUCACCUCCCUCACAACAUCGAGAUGUCUCAGAACCUUCUCGAAUCCGGGACACUUGAAGUCAUCUAUGAUAGCCUAACUUUCAGAAACAGUCACGCUCCACACGAAAAAGAGAUAGUAAAGUACGCCGCAGCAGCCCUCUGUCGGUUCACAGAUCCAUCAAACAUUGAAUGGCAAAACAGAGUGGCUGAAGUCGACAUGAUCCCUGUCCUGGUAAAACUUCUGUGCUCUGCAAGCUCAUCGACAAAACGAUACAUCUCAAUUUCACUGAAGCAAAUGUCGGAAAGUUCAAGCAAAUUAAGCUUACCAGUGAAGAGGAGCAACCUCCUAAGCUUGGCCUGCUGCUUGGGAAUAUCCCCGUCUGAAAACACAUGUCCCGUGCACUUAGGCAUGUGCACCGUGAAGUCGUCCUUCUGUCUCUUGCAGGCAGAUGCUGUGAGCCCUCUUGUGGUGGCGCUCGGGGAGGCCGAGGCUGAAGCUGAAACUUGUGAAGCCAUCAUGGAUGCAAUCCUGACAUUGAUCGAGGGCACGCAGCUGCAGAAUGGCUGCAAAGUGCUGGAGGAAGCCAAUGCAGUAGCUGCAAUAAAAAAGAUGCUGAAUUCGCAUUCGACAGAGGUGCAGGAGAAGGCGCUGAGAGCGCUGCACCGGAUAUUCAGAUUUGUCGAAUACAAAAAUAAGUAUGGGAAAUCAGUCCAGAUGGUGCUGGUUGAUAUAACACAGAGAGGGAGCAGCCGGACGAAGCCUUUGGCUGCUAAAAUACUGGCUCAGCUCAAUGUGUUGAAUCAACAAUCGACUUUCUUUGAUGGAAAUAGUUAGUCAGUUCAUGACUGUGAUAGCUAACUAAUGCAGUCGUAAAUUAAGGACUCUAUGUAUGUAUAACACUGCUAUAUAGGAUAGUGAGAUUCUUCGAGUCCCAAUAUCAUAUAUGCACGACGUGCAAUCAAUUCCUCGAUUUCUCAAUGCACAUAAAACAUAUGACAUAGCAAAAAAGAGUGUAAAUUGGCAAAUAUGAAAAAACAACCAAAACAAACCAUAAUCAGUAAAUAUGCUGCUGCACAAGUACAAAAUCAGCCAAGCUAUCACGUAUCACAUCCAUUAUCAUUCACUUGUUUCGACUCCCAACAUCUCAGAACACAAAUAUCAUAUAUAUAUUCUUAGAGACAUGAAGCUAGUACUCCCGACAACAGCAACAUUACUGUAACGGCAAAUAAAAAGCAGAAUUGAUAACAAUGGUAUGGAACAACGAUGUUAACCUCCAUCUUGUACAAUAUUUACCCGCCACAUGAAGCUUUGAGCAAACACACAAGCAGGUUCCAGCAGUGACCUCAAAAUGGUCAAUAAAGACGAGCAUCAUCUACUCGCUCAGUUUGAAAUUUCAUGAGUCCAAAAAUCUAAGCCUCAAGGAAUUAUCAAUUACCGAUUCCUAAUAUCUGAAAAGUGCCCUGUACAAGAUUAACAAUGCCAUGACUUCAUGUAACCACAAGUAAGGUACCAAGCAUCCAAAUAGUGCCACAAUCUAAUCUGAAAAUCAUAUCACAAACGGAGCAUCCCAUUCACAACUGCCAAAACCAAAAUACUGAGAAACUAGUUUAGAAGAAACUAUCAUAACAAUAUAUAACAUGUA